AUGGAAGGUGGAGUCAAGGAUAUCCUUGCCGACCUUGACCUCGGUGGCGUCGACGGACUGCCGGCACCCAACGCAGAUGCGCUGGCGAAUCUCUCGACGCAGCAGCUGCUGAAUGGACAGUUCCAGGCAGGUGCGGCGGGAGCAGGCUCUCCGGGCAUGGGCGGGAUGGGCGGGAUGGGUGGCAUCCCACCCGGCCUGGUCUCUGUUGGGGCAGGUACCGCCAUGCCAGGGGUCAACCCGUAUGCGGCGGCAUCGCCGGGCACCCCGGUGGGCGGGGCCGGAGCGGGGGCCGGCGGCGAGCCGGGUGCGUCGCAAGAGGUGGACGAUCUGUUCAACGAGAUUCUUGCGGACGCUCCCGCGGCAGACACGACGCCGUGCGCGCAGUGCCGCGAGCCUGUGAUGGGCAAGAGCGUGACUGCGCUCAACCGCAAAUGGCAUCCGGAGCACUUUGUGUGUGCGCAGUGCUUCAAGCCGUUCCAGAACGGACAGUUCUUUGAGUUUGACGGCAAGCCGUACUGCCAGUUUGACUACACGGACCUGUUUGGUCCGCGGUGCGCGUCGUGCCGCAACCCGAUCACCGGGCAGUGCAUCAACGCGCUGGAGAAGAAGUGGCACCCAGAGCACUUUAUGUGCUCGCGGUGCAACGCGCCGCUGGCGUCUGGGGCGUAUGUGGAGUUCCAGGGCGCGCCGUGCUGCAAGUCGUGCCAGGCGGUGGCGACGGGCGCAGCGCCGCCACCGUCGAACCCGAUGGCCUCGAUGGGCGGGGCGAAUGGGCAUGCAGGGCGGAAUGGGCAUGCAGGGCGGGAUGCAGCCGGCGAUGCACUCGAUGCAGGGCGGCGGCGGAAUGUUGGCAUGCAGGGACAGGCGCCGCAGCAGGGCGGGAUGCCGCAGCAGGGCGGGAUGCCGCAGCAGGGCGGGAUGCCGCAGCAGGGCAUGCCACAGCCUGGCAUGCAGGGCCAGGGCAUGUCGGUGCAGUGCGGCAAGUGCGGACAGGCGAUCACCGGCGAGUUUCUGGUCAUCCAGGGCCACAAGGUCCACCCGCAGCACUUUUCGUGUGCACAGUGCCAAAAGCCGUUCCAGUCAGCCAAGUGCUUUGAGUACGACGGCCGUCUCUACUGCGAGUCGGACUACAACGCGCUACUCGCGUCGUGCUGCGCAAAGUGCCGGCGGCCGAUUGCCGGCCGCUGCGUCACCGCGCUCGGCAAGCAGUGGCACCCGGAGCACUUUGUCUGCGCUCACUGCGAAAAGCCGUUUGCCGGCGGUUCGUUCUUUGAGCGCGAGGGCCGACCGUACUGUGACGUGCACUACCACCAGCUCUUCGGCACCGUUUGCGCAAAGUGCGGCCGCUCCAUCACCGGCCGUGGCGUCACCGCGCUCGGCAAGCAGUGGCACCCGGAUCAUUUCACCUGCGUUGGUUGCGACAAGGCCCUCGCCGGCGCAACCUUCUGCUCGUUCAAGGACUCGCAGCCCAUGUGCCGCCGCUGCUUCCUCAAGCUCCCUGCACACCUCCGCCGUCAGCUCUCGGCGAACAAGGGCGGCGCCGCGGCCUCGGACUCGUCCAAGGGUAAGGACAAGAAGAAGAAGAAGGAGAAGGAGAAGAAGAAGAAGAAGAAGUAAUCGUAUCGUUGGCGACGGCGUAAAACCAUGCGUCCCCUCCUU